CCUUUACAAUUAAACCCCUAAUAAUGGUGCCGAAGAAAGCCCUAAUGUCGGAGAGACAGCUUCCAUCAGAUCUGGAAGAAGAGAUACUCGUACGAGUUCCACCUCUAUCUCUUGUUCGCUUCAGAUCAGUUUGCAAAGGAUGGAACACUCUUUUCAACGAUAAGAGAUUCGUCGAAAGAAACUUUGCUUGUGGUCGCCCAGAAAUCUUGUUAAAGACACAUUCCCAUCUUUAUUCGGGGACCUGCGAUGGCUAUUACUUAUUCACGUAUGACAUGGAUGAAGAAUACCGAUGCCUGGUUUGGAACCCGUUUUUGAAUCGGGCUAUAUGGAUUUCCACGGAUGAGACCGAUGGGUAUAUAGGUGGCAGAUGGAUGGGUUACGAUGGUAGUAGACCCGAAAAGGUUUACAAGAUUAUUGGGAUUUGGAAUUCGUUUGAGCUUUCGCCCGAAUUUACUACGAGAUUUGCAGUACUUUCGGAUAUUGCAACGAAUGCGUGGAAGGUUUUUAAUCAUACCCGUUUUGAGAAAGAGGAAAAAAUGUUAGAAGAAUCGGAAUCGUUUAGGGUGUGCCUGAAUCGGAAUCCAAAUGCUUGAUUUUUCAAAAGGGAUAGAAAAGACCU